ACCCGUGUUUCCAGUACAAAUCGGAUCGAGAGUGACUCGGGAUCUACUGUCUAGGCACGUAUGCUUCCUCGUGACGUAACGCGUAAAACGUGCACUGAUACCGGAAGAGCCGAGUCGUGUUUGUUCCACUUUUUAAGACAUCGGUCAGCAUGGCGGUUGAUUGGCUCGGGUUUGGCUAUGCAGCUACUAUUUUAUUCGGAGGCUUUAUGGGAUAUAAGAGAAAAGGAAGUUUGAUGUCACUAAUUGCGGGGUUAUUCUUUGGUGGGAUAUCUACAUAUGGGGCCUUUAAGGUAACUCUUGACCCACAAGACAAAUGGACCUUGUUUGCUGCUUCAGGUGCUCUGGCAGUUGUGAUGGGAAUAAGAUUCAAGAAAUCGGGAAAAUUAAUGCCUGCAGGUAUUAUGGCUGCAUUAAGCCUCAUGAUGGUUGUGCGGCUGCUGAUCCUCUGAACAUGGCCAUGAAACAAAGCUUAUUCCACUGCAGCUUUCCUGGCAGUAUUGUUAUAUACACAAUAAUUGUUCUAUUGCACUGCAUCAACCCUACACUAAUCAUCUUGAACACUCACCUUGUACAUUCCAAAUAAAGCCUAUUUUUAAAUCUUUUUUUUUUUUUUUUAUAAUUCUGUUUACAUUGCAUUGAUGAGGAAUAUAAAAUCCAUUGAACAAAAGAUCACAUUAUGAAUGCUUUAUCUAAUAAAAAAAACAAAAACAAACUUAA